AAAAUGCUUAUUUUUUGCAAUAUUUUUGUUGAAGAGUUUUGCGGCGCAGCAAGAGAACAUAACAUGGAACACACACACUCUCUCUCUCGUUCCAAACCCUGCCGUUCUGUGCCUCCUCCACACUUUUUCUGGUUUUCUCAACCGCUUCCUCUCUUCAUUCUCUGCACGGCCACCAGCUUUUCCUGUCUCUAGGAAGCCUUCACAAGAGAUCUUCGCUGGCCGGGGCUUUCCCAAAAAAGGGCUUUAGCGUUGCAUUAGAUUAUGCCAUUUCCUUUGCCACUCCCUUUCCUGUGAAGUAACAAAACAUUCACUUCCCCUCUCCUCCUUUUUUUGUGUUCUAUCACCCCUCGAGUCUAUCUGCCUUUUUUCACCCCUUCCUUUUUUGCAAAAUGUGUUGUUUCGUGCCCUGCAAGUAGACAUCAGUCUGCUUGGAGAGACCUCAGGAUGGCUAGAUGGAAUCCUGCCAGCCACGGAACAGGUGCCAUCCCAUAAACUGCAGGGGCCCUAGGAAGGGCAAGUGUCAACGGGACGUGUGGCCAGCCCUUGGCCAGAAAAAACAGCCACGGUGGGCCAGAACGGCAGAGCAGAACUGCCCAUGCCGGCGGUUUAUGAAGUGGGGAAGCAGUACCCGGAGCCAGAGUACGCGGGGAGACCCCUUCCAAUGUCCCAGCAUGAGACCUCUCCGACAGUACUGCGACGCGCCAGCAACCACCGACGCAACAACCCCUGCUGCUUCUGCUGGUGCUGCUGCUGCAGCUGCUCGUGGAAUGAAGAUCGUGAGCGGGCAUGGAGGGCAUCGCGAGACACCAAACUGGAGCCCAUUCCAAACUGUGAAGCCUGCGCCAAGCCAACAACUGAGGAAGUCAAGGGCUGGUCCCAGUCUUUUGACAAGUUGAUGAAGAACCCAGCUGGCAGGAACGUGUUCCGGGAAUUCUUACGGACUGAGUACAGCGAGGAGAACAUGCUCUUCUGGCUGGCUUGCGAGGAACUCAAAAGCGAGUGCAACAAGCAUGCCAUCGACGAGAAGGCUCGGAUGAUCUACGAAGAUUACAUCUCCAUCCUUUCGCCCAAGGAGGUCAGCCUGGACUCCCGCGUCCGCGAAGGCAUCAACCGCAAGAUGCAGGAACCGUCUUCACACACCUUUGACGAUGCACAGCUACAGAUCUACACGCUCAUGCAUAGAGACUCCUACCCCCGUUUUCUGAACUCAGGCGUAUACAAAGCACUGCUCCAGAGCGUCUCUCGGUCAUCCUCGGAGUCCUAAGCCCCUUCCACCACCGCCAUCACUGGAGAGGGUGGGGAGAGAAGCAAAAUACGAAGUGACGGUUCACCUUUCAUACGGCAGGUGUUAACUUUGGGUAUAUAUGGACCUCCCACUUGGUCUUACAGAACCAAGGGACCUGAAAUGGCAUUCCGGGCCAAAUCCCACAACACUGCCUCGGUUCUGAACAGCAAGCUGCUGGGUCCAACUUACUAGGAAGUUCGCUCCAUGCAAACCUGCCCUGUCUUCUUCUGCCAGAAUGGUGGCGUCUGCCGUCACGUGAACCUCAAAACUCAGGCCUCUGCUUUUACUACUGAAUCCGUGUUGGCAAGCUAGCACAUGCUGACCACGCAGAAGAACUAAAGUAUGGAAGGAAUCUGCCAACUGGUG